UCUUUGUUGUUUUCUCUGAGAAGAUGGAUUAUGGGUCUGAUCUUUUCUUCAUUUUCUCAUCUGGGCAUUUCUCUCUUCUCAGAAUGCUGCCCCACUGUGUGUGUGUGUUUGUGUGUGUCAGUCAGCCAGUGUGUGUGUGUGUUUUCCUUUUGUCUUUCUCUUCUGGGAUAAGUUGUGUGAUCUCUCAUAAUUCAAGACAGUUUCUCUCUUGUCUCCAUUUUGUCAAAUUCUUGGUGAAAAAAAGUGAAUUUAUCUUCCUUAAAUCUCAAAUUCUUGGCUUUUCUGGCUCAUGGUCAAGAACACUAAUUGGUGUGAUGCUUUAAAGUUGAGAUGUAAACUGGUGUGAUCUCUCAUAAUACAAGAUAGUUUCUCUCUUGUUUCCAUUUUCCAAAUUCUUGGUGAAAAAAAGUGAAUUUAUCUUCCUAAAAUCUCAAAUUCUUGGCUUUUCUGGUUUAUAGUCAAGAACAUUAAUUGGUGUGAUGCUUUGAAGUCCAAAUCUUAUCUUGUCACAAUCUGAUCUUCUGUUGGAGGUGUUCAAGGUGAGCCGGAGUGACUAUGCAGUGCAGUAGCUACACACCCGUGUAUUGCCACACGAGGGAUCUGAAUUCCGGUGCAGGUGGCUAUUCUUGGCACCUGUAUGGAGAAGAAAGAGGCUACACCGACACCAUUUUUGUGCCAUCGUCUGAUCAGUACGUAGGUUAUGACAAGGGAAUGGUGAAACAGAUCAUACAGAAUCACGAAGCCACGUUUAGGUUUCAGGUUCAGGAGCUGCACCGUUUACACGGAAGGCAGAGGGACUUGAUGGAUGAAAUGAGAGUGAGACGGCAUUUACUGUCUCAAACAUCAGAAUCAAUCUAUUCCUCGUCUCAUCCCGGGGUUGGAAUUCCUCAUAAGUCUUCUCCUGCAAUAGACUGGCUUCUUGGAAAUCUUUCACAUCGUGAGUUGUCUGAUCUAACAUCAAGGAACGUUCAAGGGCCUAAACAUUUCGUUGCAGAGAGCUUUCUGAGACCUGCAACUCUACAAUCCGAGUGUGGCAUAAGAAGAAAUAGUAGCGAACAAAGUGGAAUUGUCGACCUUCAUAUUCCAGCUCAUAUGUACCAAGACGAUCAGGUGAAGCAGUUCAAAGCACCCGAGUUGACAUAUCGUACCCCUGAGAAAAUAUCCGACUUCCAGCAUGCUACUCGUUCAGACUUUGGUUCGACUAAAACAUGGGAUUUGUCGAGAUCCAGUUCAGAUAUCAGGAAAACGUAUUGUUUCAUUGAUUUGAACGAGCCCAUAGAGCCGGAGUCAUUGCCUACUAGUUCGUCUGAUCCUCUCGGAGCCUUCACUGGUCUCGAUAUUGAUUUGAAUUUGUUGCCAUUUGAUGAUGAACCGAUUGUACAGAACAGAGGCAGUGACAGUUUCUUGAAAACUGAAGGUUACAUAGACUUGAACAGUGGCGUAGCACACGAGCAUCUGGCUCCAUCGAGCUCCUCGACUCCUGAGCAAAGAUCGUUGAAGGGACCAGUGAGCCCGGAGAACGAGGAGCGUUCUCCUCCAAGAGGAGAAUCCGAAGAUAUUCAACUGGAAACAUCGGAAGAGCCAUUCGUGGAACUCGAUAACACCACUGCUGCAAAAACUCUAGUCGCGAUUUUUUCCUCCGGAGUCGUGGUAGACGCUGAUGUUCUCGAUCCACUAGCAAACUUCAGAAACCUGUGCUGGUUUGCUGAAGUGGUUGUGAAACUCGAGACAGAUGCAACGGAGGAAAACACUCUAAACUCGUCUCGUUUCAGCAAACGCUCUUCCGGGAAGGGCCAGAAGAGGGGGAAGAAGGGCUUCAAACAGGGCAGCGCGAAAACAAGGAAACAAUCCAAGUUAUCAAUGAGCUCGAUCUUGAAGCAGUCCGGUGGUGCUGUUGUGCGGAGCUGGGGAGGGACUAGGAGACGGCAAGGAGGCCGGAGGCGUAGGGAUAGUCGAUUCUUGCUUGUGAUGGUUUGAUUGUUAGGAUAUGAUGUUACACGUUGAAAUUAGAUUCUUGACUGGAUGAUAUGUUGAUGUACAUAUACAAAUGAAUUAGUCUUGCUACUGUGGUUGAUUUGUUCAGUUAAUUGAGAUUAAUUUGUUGUAA